GUGUGUACUGUGUGUGUACUGUGUGUACUGUGUGUGUACUGUGUGUGUAGGUGUGGAAGGCGGUGGGAUGGAGGCUGAUCGCCCUGUCGCUAGGCCUCUACGGGCUCCUCUAUGUCUACGAGCGGCUGACGUGUACUGUGUGUGUACUGUGUGUGUACUGUGUGUACUGUGUGUGUACUGUGUGUGUAGGUGUGGAAGGCGGUGGGAUGGAGGCUGAUCGCCCUGUCGCUAGGCCUCUACGGGCUCCUCUAUGUCUACGAGCGGCUGACGUGGACUGUGUGUGUACUGUGUGUGUACUGUGUAGGUGUGGAAGGCGGUAGGCUGGAGGCUGAUCGCCCUGUCGCUAGGCCUCUACGGGCUCCUCUAUGUCUACGAGCGGCUGACGUGGACCUCGCGUGCCAAGGAGCGUGCCUUCAAGCGCCAGUUCGUGGACUACGCUGCCGACAAGCUCCACAUGCUGGUCAGCUUCACCGGGGCCAACUGCAGCCACCAGGUCCAGCAGGAGCUGGCAGGCACGUUUGCCCGCCUGUGUGAGCAGGUGAGCUGCACCCGGCAGGAGCUGCAGGUCGAGGUGCAGCAGCUGGAGGGUCGCAUCGAGAGGUUGGACAGCGUCCAAUCACGCGCCAAGCUCCUACGCAACAAGGCUGGCUGGCUGGACAGUGAGCUACAGAUGUUCUCUCGCCAGUACCUGCAGCCUGCUCCCUAGGCCGCUCGCAGCUCCAACCCAGCCGGCGCCAUCACCCUGGUGCACGGCACCCUGGGAGAUAGCGCCCUGGUUCAUAGCCACAUAUUGUCAUCCACAACCACCAGCACCACCACCACAACCACCAGCACCACCACAACCACAACCACCAGCACCACCACAACCACCGCCACAACCACCAGCACCACCACCACC